GGCGGUAAACAGCCUUCAUCUCACUAUGAUCUCAGGUUGUGCAAUAUUUCUGACUCUUAGUCUUAUCUUGAGUAUCUUUUUGCUAGCAGUUGAAACACACAUCAUUUAUGUGGAUGAUAAAUUAGGGCACGAUGAUGAGGAUUGUCUAUCUGAAGAAAAUGAGCCAUGUCAGUCAUUAGACUAUGCACUCAAUGGUACUAAGAGUAAUAAUGUAACCAUUAUGAUAGCAUCAGGCAAGCAGGAGGUCAACAGCAGUGUUACUGUGAGUGGUGUAUCAGAUAUACUGAUUGAGGGUGAUUCUAAUGGUAGUACCAUUAUCCAGUGUGACAGCACUGUUGGUUUUAAGCUGGAAAGAGUCAUUGAAUUAAGUAUCAUGCAGGUCACUUUCUCCAAUUGUGGCUUUGUUCAUGAUACCACAUAUAAUAAAAGUGUAUCCUUUCAAUCUGCUGUACACAUUGUGAACAGUAGCAAUGUGACUAUUAGCAACAUAAGUAUUAUUGAUAGUCCUGGGUUUGGCCUUGUACUAGUGGAUACCAAUGGCAGCGUUUUAAUAGAGAACAGCACCUUUGAAAAUAACAGAGUUCCAGAUAACGACAUGGGUCAAUAUAUAGGUGGAGGCGGAAUCUAUGUUGAGUUUUCAUCAUGUUCACCUGGUUUUGACACACAAUGCAUGACGGACAAAAAAGGAAGUCCUUAUUCCUCUGACAACAGCUACACUAUCACUGGUUGCACUUUUAAAGGGAACAGAGCAUCGCUUUCACCUUCAGAUGCUCCGAUUACUUACACUACAGACAAUGGGCCUAUUUUAAAGCCGUUUGGUCGAGGUGGAGGCCUCUCUUUGCAAUUAAAUGGGAAUGCUUCAAGAAAUAGUUUCUAUAUUGAGAAUUGUAGCUUUAUUGACAAUGAAGCUCGAAUUGGUGGAGCUGUAUCAGUGAAUAUAGAUGACUGUGCAAGUAACAACACAGUAGUAAUAGAAGAUGAUAUUCUUAUAGAGAAUAAUACUGCAUAUAAAGGUGGAGGGGGAGGCUUAGUGAUUGGAUUUUUUGAUUCUAACAAAGCUUAUAAUAAUAUGAUCAAUGUCUCUGAUGCUACCUUUGAUAGCAACACAGCAGAGUAUGGUGGUGGAGUAUCAGUUUAUUCAACACGUAUGCCCUUUGGAAUUAAACUACAAAACAAGAUUGACUUUUGGGACUGCAUUUGGAGUAACAAUUCUGCUGAGAUUGGAGCAGCUGUUGUACUUUUCCCUGAGGACUGGUCGCUCAUUUCUGAUGGGUAUUUACCUACACCUUCUUUUCGUGAUUGUCGUUUUGUGAGAAAUUACCUCAAAUUUGACAGUAGAUUGAACUUUUCCAAUGGCGGUAUAAUAUCAAGUCAUACCUUUUCAAUUCAUUUGUCAUCCAACAUAGAAAUCUCUAAUAACGAUGGCUCGGGGCUGCACAUCUUAACUGGGGAUAUCAAAGUUCUUUCUGAUUCAGUACUUCAUAUUUCAAACAAUUCUGCAGUUAGAGGAGGAGGGUUAAUGCUCAUAAAUUUUGCCUCUAUCAUUGUGGAGAACCAUUCUAGCAUUAUUUUCAGAGGCAAUAAUGCAUCUGAUGUUGGGGGAGCUGUCUAUUACUACUCUAGUGAUAGCUUGGAUUUUGUUAAUUCUAGAAGGUGCUUCAUUCGUUUUAAAAAUGACUCAAAUAUAAGCUUUAUUAGUAACUCUGCUAUAUAUGGUAAAGCAAUAUAUGCAGAAUCGCUCAGACCCUGUACAGAUGACACAAAAUAUGACAAAGUGAAAAAUUCGCAUGACUAUUUUUUAAGGAAGCCUUUUCAUUUUGAAAGUCCAUGUUUGAAUUCAUCAAACGUUAUAUCAACAUCAGCCCAACGUAUCAACAUAGAUAACACUAGUCAGGAAUUCUCACCUGGAAUCAUAUACAAAUUAAACAUUAAUGUUACCGAUGAUAUGGAUCAAAACAUUGACACAGUUCUGCUUGCAACAUGCGAUGAUAACACAAAAAUACAGAGCCAGUACAAGUACAUAUCUGAAGAUUAUAAAAUGGCCAUUAAUGGUAAAGUUAACACAACCACUAGCAUGGUACUACAGACUAUUAAUGCUCGUUCGCUAGGAGUGAAAUUUAAUGUAACAUUAAUAUCUUGUCCUCCUGGAUACAUUAUUAAUGAUGAUGAACAAAACUCUAAAUGCGUGUGUUCGGUGAGCAGUGAGAAACCUAUUCCUGGCAUAGUGGCUUGCAAUUCAAGCAGUGGUAUUUUAAAGACUGGGUAUUGGGCUGGCUGUAAUGAGAGUGGCACACUCUUCACUGCUCAGUGUCCACUGGGAUACUGUGACUAUAAAGAUGUUACAAACAAUGGGCUGAUAACAUUGCCAUCAACAUGUGAUGAUUUAGAAGACAAUCUUUGCAAUGAGUACAGGAAAGGACAGAUUUGUGGAGAAUGCAUUGUUAACUACAGUGUCCACUAUCAUUCCACAAGGUUCAUAUGUGGAGAAUGUCAAAAUGAUUAUCUUGGAAUUCUUUAUUAUGCCCUUUCUGAGUUACUGCCACUGACGUUACUGUUCAUAUUUGUCAUUUAUUUUGAUGUUAGUGUGACUUCUGGUUCUGUCAAUUCAUUUAUAUUGUUUGCUCAAGUCCUGGAUUUCUUUCAAGUCACAGCCUUUCGUAGCUAUGAUCCGCCUAAAGUUGUAUCCACUUUGAAUGAAAUAUAUUGGUUUAUUUUUGGAUUUUUAAAUCUUGAUUUCUUCCGACAUGAUAAACUGUCUUUCUGCAUGUGGAAUGGAAUGAGUGUGUUGGAUGUAUUGGCAUUUAAAUAUGUGACAUCACUUUAUGGGCUAUUCUUGCUCUUCUGCCUCUACAUCUUAAUGAAAUGCUGCAAGCCAUUGAGGACAUGCUUAGGUAGAAGACAUGCUGAUGGCCGUUACUCCAUAGUCCAUGGUAUCACUACACUUAUGAUAAUAACAUACUCUCAAAUAACAAAGGUUUCGUUUCAAAUUCUGACCCGUGUCGAGUUAUGUAGCAAAACAAAUAAUUGUGAUAAGAAAGUUGUAUUUCUUUCAGGAACUACUUCUUUCCUGAGUGUCGACCACUUGUAUUAUGCUAUACCAGCAAUCCUUGUCAUAAUUUAUGCAGUGUUGCUUCCUUUCGUUCUCAUAGCUCAUCCUAUUUACUUAAUGGUAAAAAAACUAUUAUUCGAUAAACACAUUAUCCAGGAAAAAGAAGGGCAUUGCUGCUGUAGCUGUUUCUCCUCAAUGCUGACGAAACUAGGCUUGAUCACUAAGCCUAUAUCAGAUUCACUCCAGAGUUGCUUCAAGGACAACAUGCGGUUCUUUGCUGGUCUCUUUUUUCUGUAUCGAUUGCUGAGUUCUGCCUCUUUUGCCUUUGCAACAACCGCAAUGGCUAUGUAUUCGUUACUGGAAAUACUGGUUUUAGUUAUGCUCACAGCUAAUGCAGUUUUUCAGCCCUAUCAAAAGAAAUUUUACAAUGUCUUGGAUACUCUCAUGUUUGCUGACCUUGCGUUGAUAAAUGGUAUGAGUCUAUACAAUUUCGCAUCAACUCAGUAUAUGACUGACCAGGAAUAUUCUGAUCUUAUUGCUAGUGUACAAGUGGUCCUCAUCUACAUACCAUUUUUUUAUGUAGUAGUGUUGCUGUCUUUAAAGUUACUAACUUUUAAAUCUCGCUCUGCUCGUUAUAAGCUUAGGCAUGCCAAUGCUUAUUUCAGUUUGUAUGAUCCUAGAAAGCUUGAAGAAGAUCAGCGUGAGGAUCAACUUAGAAUUAUCAGAGAAGGAGGAGAUGAAAAUGAGGCAGAACUUGAUGAUAAAAGCUGGAGUAUUCGUCAUUUGCCUGCAAGAUUGUUUCAAAGGGAUCGUGACUUAAGAGGUCAGAGAAGAGGCUAUGGAACAGCCUUGACUAGGAACACAAUGUAAUAAAAAUAGAUGCUAUCAAAAUAGUUUUAAAUACAAAUAAUUAUAUUUUUAUU